GCAAACGUUUUUUAGUUACAGGAAGAUUUUUUUUAACAGAACAUUAACCAUGUUUAUUGACACCGAUCUCUCCAGUCUCAAAUUGUGUAUUGGCCUUUAUGGUACAGCAGGUGGCGGUGUGGGACUUUCUGCUUGUUUAUGUUGUUAGGGGGUGUUUCUUGUUGUUUUUUGGUUGGAGUUGACACUUCUUAUAACUUAAUUUAAAACGUACUAAACUAACAGCACUGGAGUUAUAGACAUUUUCUGGCAAUAUGAUCAAUGGCAGCUUCAAUUUCAUCAUAGGCUGCCAGUAUUUUAUUUCUUCACGAAGAAUAAACCACGCCACACAAUGGAUAACAGUCCAACAUAAACCGCACAGCAGUUCUGACUCAAAAACACAACUAAACGUGCCUAAAGAAGAAAGUCUGCUUAAUCAUGAACGAACACGGUUAAAACAUAUAUUAAUAAUAAACUUACAUGUACAGACUGAAUUUGUGACAGCACGGACUUAGAAAUUAACCUUUAGAUGUAGCUACAGCAACUUUUUUUUUGUGUGAAUAAUUUAUUUUUCUGUUGUGGCUUUUUACGUGUAUAUUUAUUUCGUUUAAUCCUUGCGCACAUUAUCAGGAAAUGGAUGUAUAACUGCUGUAGGUUAUACGUUAUUGAGUUUGGGAAGGAGAAAAAAAGAGAAAUCGCUUAGGCUAAGUGAAACUGAGGACAUGAUGUUUGAAAUUUUGAAGAGCAGAAGGUUUCAUUAAUGCCUUUUUAAUGUGUGAACAUUUAUAAGAAACCUGCAGGCGUUUGUGCUCUUCUUUAGCACAUAGAAAAAGUAUGACCUGUUCAGCAAUAAAAACGACCAGGCCUACCCCUGUGAUGUUCGAAAGUGUUUCAAAACGAAACGAUGACUUGACUAUUUUGAAAAUGUUAUAAGCUAUUAGAUAUUUAGUAGAACUAUUUAACAACAACAACAACAAAAAAAACGGUUGAUGCAUUAUGCCAAAGGGUUGUUUUAAAAUAUUCAGUAAGGCAUUACAAAUAAUAAUAUAUGUAAAAUCAUCCAUGGCCAUCAGCAGCAGCCAGCAGGUGCUUAAUGAAGUAAGAAAGGACUUAAAGUCAUCCCAUGUCAUCUUGGUAGGGAUGCUGCGCGGGAUUUUCGUCUUUCAAAGUUGACUCUGACUGUUCUGUGCGUCACAGCCACGCCCAUACAACACAUUAUUACACCUAACUCAUAUUCUCAUGCGGUUUGUUAGACUGCAGUCCUGGGAGAGAAGGAACUUUGUUGUCAGCGGUUCUCUCGCAUCCCUGUGGACUGAGAGGCAGCGCGGGAGUCAUGAAGCAGGAGGUCAGGGCUGCUCUGGGGUCAGCUCAUCCCUGGCUCCACACAGAGACUCAGAGAAGAGGUGUUGUUCUUGCCCGGGCGCACUUUGAGAAACAGCCGCCUGCCAACCUGCGCAAGUCAAACUUCUUUCACUUUGUGUUGGCUUUAUAUGAUAGUCAGGGUCAGUCUGUGGAGAUAGAGCACACUGCGUUUGUGGGCUUUGUUGAAAAGGAGAAGGAGCCAGUAAGUGAAAAAACAAACAAUGGAAUCCAUUACAAACUCCAGUUACUGUACAACAAUGGUGUCAGAACACAGCAAGAUCUUUACAUCCGUUUGAUAGACUCUGUGACCAAACAGGCAAUUGUGUUUGAAGGUCAGGAUAAAAACCCUGAAAUGUGUCGCGUUCUUCUCACUCAUGAGAUAAUGUGCAGCCGAUGUUGUGAUAAGAAAAGUUGUGGAAACAAGAACGAAACACCAUCAGAUCCCAUCAUUAUUGACCGGUUCUUCCUGAAGUUUUUUCUCAAAUGUAAUCAAAAUUGCCUAAAAAAUGCAGGGAACCCACGAGACACGCGUCGUUUCCAGGUGCUGGUCUCUACUACAGCAUCUGUUAAGGCCCACAUUCUAGCCAUUUCAGAUAAUAUAUUUGUCCAUAACAAUUCAAAGCAUGGCAGAAGACCAAGAAGAUUUGAGCUGAUUGAAGCUGAGAUCCCCUGCAUCAAGGCCAUCAGUCCGAGUGAAGGUUGGACAUCAGGUGGAGCCUCAGUGAUCAUUAUUGGAGAUCAGUUCUUUGAUGGUCUACAGGUGGUUUUCGGAACAGUUAUGGUCUGGAGUGAGGUGAUUACACCACAUGCGAUUCGUGUGCAGACUCCACCUCGUCACAUCCCUGGUGUUGUAGAAGUUACACUGUCCUACAAGUCCAAGCUGUUCUGCAGGGGACCUCCAGGACGCUUUAUUUACACUGCUUUAAAUGAGCCAACCAUUGACUACGGGUUCCAGCGGCUGCAGAAGGUGAUUCCUCAUCAUCCAGGCGAUAUGGAAAGAAUACCAAAAGAAGUCUUACUGAAGAGAGCAGCUGAUCUCUUAGAGAUGUUUCAUGGAAUGCCUCACAACAACCAGGAGAUGAUUCUGAAGCGUGCGUCUGAUAUAGCACUCCACGCCAUCCCACGAAACCCAUCCAACACAAAUUCACAUGGAAUGAUGGGUGUAAACUCCUUUGAUGCGCAGUUACCCUUGAACACAGACAUUUCACCGGAUGUAGAACGAGCAUCUCUUUCAGUGGGUUUCAGUCGGAGUUCAAACAGUGGCUUCAUUGCAGGCAGCACAUCCCAGCAGUCUGAAUUCAGCAAUACUAAUACAUGCAUGAAUACACACACACAUUCACACUCUCACUGCAACGUGCCAAGACACACACACUCAAACACACCUCCGUCCAUGGCUGGGCACACGCAAACACACACACGCCCUUCUGUGGCAAACUUCUCUGUGGCCACACAGCCAUUCUUAGACAGUCCUACUUCGGAUACACAACACUACAUCGUGAAGCAAAAAAGUGCAUUUGCUCCAGUUCUGAAGCUGCAGUCCUCAACAGCACAAGCUUCAGGUGUCCCUGUCUGCACGCCUUGCUUGGACUAGUGACACCAGACACACUUUCACAUGAACAAAUGAAAAACUCUUUUAGAAGUUGUAAUCGUUUUAGUCAAGGAGGGACAACGUCUGUUUUGCAUUUUGCAGGUUCUCUCAUUGCAGGCAAUACAAAAACAUGGUUGGGGAUAA